AUACUAAUGAAACAAAUGGGAGGCAAUGAAGGAAUAUUAAAAGUUCGACAAUUAUCUGAAAAUACCCGAUAUUUUCGCAAACGAUUAACAGAAAUGGGUUUCAUUAUCAUUGGACAUCCAGAGUCACCCGUUAUACCUCUAAUGCUUUAUUUUCCAUCAAUUGCAUUAGUUAUUGUCGAUGAAUGUUUGAAAGCGGGUAUUGCUAUAGUGUUUGCCGGAAACCCGGCCACAUCACUGACCACUUGUCGGCUAAGAUUAUGUAUAUUAUGA